UGGCAGCAGGACGUGAAACUUCCAGUAUGCACACACUCAAGCUGGGAGCUGCUCUCCUCACACACAGCGGGACAACUUUCUGACUGAACUUCACACCUUUUUGGAGAUUUUCUUUUCCCUUUUUUAUCCCCACACGUGACGGAUGUUUAUCAGAACAUAUUUCAUCUAUCACUGCAGGGGAGCCGUUUAAAAUAAUCCGAGGUGAGGGAGGGGAGAGAGACUGCCCCUUGCAGAAAAUAUCUUUCUGUAUAAAAUGUGAGGUAUGUGCACAGCGUCCUGCUGCACACGCUGCCUCAGUCCCGCGGACACCGUGAGUUCACUGCAUCUUGGAGGACUGGAACCUGAUUUAUUCUGGACAUGAUGAAUUUAAGGAUUUCCUGCAUGCUGGUGUUCUUCACUCUGUAUCUGCAAGAGGGAUUAUCAAGGGAAUAUGAAGCUAAACUUGGAGCAGAUGUUCUUUUACAGAGAAUAAGACGUCAAAGCAAACCAACAAAAUCAGUGCUGAAGGUGACAGACUACCAUGUGAGGUGUACAGUGGUGUCCAGAUACGCUGUGACCACAGUGCAGAGCUCAGUGUGGAACCAGCUGCCCGUCACCAAGGAGGCGGCCUUCGAGGUGGACCUGCCCUCCUCUGCCUUCAUCUCCAACUUCACCAUCACCUCCAAUGGCAAGGUGUAUGUGGGCCAGGUGACGGAGAGAGCUGCUGCCAGGAACAUUUACGAUGCUGCUAAGAAGCAAGGGAAAACAGCCGGGCUCGUUGCUACCAAAGAGCGAGAGAUUGAGAAGUUCCGCGUGGCGGUGAGCGUGCCGUCUGGAGCUCGGGUUUCCUUCUCCCUGACCUACGAGGAGCUGCUGCCUCGACGCCUCGGCCGCUAUGAGCUCAGUCUGGGUCUGAGGCCGGGUCAGCCUGUGCAGAACCUCUCGUUAGACGUCAGUAUAACGGAGAGGACAGGCAUCAGUUUCCUCAAAGCCUUUCCUCUCAGGACGAGCCGACUGCUCUCCAACACCGCUCAAGGCGAUGCAGAAGCCCCGGCCUCCACUCAUGUUGAGCAGAACACAAACUGUGCUCGUGUCCGCUACAGUCCCACUAUACAGCAGCAGAACAGCAUCUCGUCCAACGGCCUCAACGCAGACUUCAUCCUCCAGUAUGACGUGGAGCUCAGAGACCUCAUGGGUGAAGUCCAGGUGUAUGAUGGGUAUUUUGUGCAUUACUUUGCACCCAGAGGACUUCCUGUGGUUCCUAAGGAUGUUAUUUUUGUCAUUGAUGUCAGUGGCUCAAUGAUAGGCACUAAGAUAAAACAGACGAAGCAGGCCAUGAGCACUAUUCUCGGGGACCUGAGAGAGGGAGACCACUUCAACAUCAUCACCUUCUCAGACAAAGUUCACACCUGGAAGAAAGGACGGACAGUUCGGGCGACUCGGCAGAACGUACGAGACGCCAAAGACUUUGUGAAGAGGAUUAUUGCAGAAGGAUGGACGAACAUCAACGCAGCUCUGCUCUCCGCUGCCCAGCUGGUCAACCCUUCAUCCUCCUCCUCCUCCAGCCACCUCUCAUCCCGACGUGUCCCUCUGGUUAUCUUCCUCACUGAUGGAGAGGCAACCAUCGGAGUAACGACCGGCGACACCAUCCUCAGCAACGCCAAGAAAGCUCUGGGCUCCUCGUCUCUGUUCGGCCUCGCCUUUGGAGACGACGCAGACUUCCUCCUCCUGAAACGCCUCGCUCUGGAUAACCGCGGCGUGGCGAGGAUGGUUUACGAGGACGCCGACGCAGCCCUGCAGCUCAAGGGUUUCUACGAUGAAGUGGCGAGUCCUCUGCUAUCAGACAUCCAGCUGUCGUAUCUGGACGAUCAGGCGUUUGACAUCACCCGCUCCAUGUUCCCAAACUACUUCCAAGGCUCAGAGCUGGUGGUGGCUGGGAGGGUGAAACCAGGGCUGAAGGAUUUUAAGGUGUCAAUGUCCGCCACUGAUUCAAAACAACGCAUCAAGUUGGAAAACGAGGUGUUGAUUUCCCACGCAAAAGGCAAGGGGAGUGCAGAUUCAGUCGAGUGCUCUGCAGGCUCGGAAGGAAUCUCCACCUUCGUGCACCGCCUCUGGGCGUAUUUCACCAUCAAAGAGCUGCUGCUGGCAAAACUGAGCGCAACUGACCCUGCAACUCAGAGGAUACUGGCAGACAAGGCCACAAACCUUUCCCUGAAAUAUAACUUUGUAACACCGGUCACUUCUUUAGUUGUGGUUAAGCCCGAUGCAGAUGAAGAAACUCCAACCACGGUAAAACCCACCACCGCAGCGUCUACAACCACAGCGACGACUCCAACCACGAGAGCGACUACUACUGCCGCCAUCAGAAUAUUAGCUGUGAAGAAGCUCAGUUCUAACACAAAGCCUAAAACAAAACCAAACCCUCCUCAGCCACCUCAAAAGCAAACAAAAAAAGUCCUUCUACCAACUUCCACUGCAAAAGUAGGAGUUUCACCAUCAAAGAAAGCCACAACCACAUCAAGUCCCACCUCUGUGAAAACUACCCCUGCUCCAAUCUCUGGGAAAAAGCCAACCCCUUCCCAAAAUGAAUCCAAAACGGCCUCUCCUCUUCCUGGUGGUAAGACACACACCUCCCUGCUGAAUGCUUUAAAAACAGCGGCACCCCCUGCACCCGGAAAGGUCUCCACUCCUUAUCCAAAUGUGGUGAAAACAACCCCCACAACCACCACAGUGUUCACCACCAGCACCACGCCUCCACCCAGCUCAGUCCGAACCGACCCUGCUCUCCUGCCUGGGAAACCCCUUACCCCACAGCCCAGUACAGUGAGAACGACCCUGCCUCCUGUCAGAGUGACCGUUCCCUCCCUAGAGGCGGAGAACAGCUCCACCUCUGCUCCACCUGUGCCUGACAUCACCACCCCCCCGCCCGAGGCAUCCUCUCUGCUCACCUCCCCCACCCCGGUGCCGGCGCCCAGCGUGGACGACCACAGCGACACCGAGCUGAGCAUCGCCACCUUUGUGUCGGCCACCUUCGCUCCCAUGCCUGGUGUAACAGAAGGGCCACGUUUGUGGGAGGCAGCAGGGCUUCUGGAUGUCUCUACUUUCAUUCAGAGGAAAGAUAUUGACCUUGUGAAAGACUUUGAUGCGACCUAUGACGUGGACUACGAUCUCAAUUAUGAUGCCUGGGAUGAUACUGCAGACACAGAAUCGUUUGAUAGUUCUCCAUCCAUCAUUCGCGUCUUCUCCUCAUCAGUUGAUGGAGAUCCUCAUUUUGUAGUCCAGCUGCCUAAGCUGCAUCAGAAUUUGUGUUUCACUGUCGACGGCCGAGCCAAUGACGUUCUCAGACUGUUAGAGGACCCAGAGAGAGGGAUAAUUGUGGACGGCCACCUCAUGGGAGCUCCCUCUAAGCACGGGGUGGAGGAUCGGACCCGGACCUACUUCGACCGGAUCACCAUUUCCUCCGCCACCAGGCUCUCCGAGGACAUCAUGAUCACCCUCUCGUUGGACGCUGUAGUGGUGGAAGGUGAGGGGCGGGACCAUCUCCCCAUCAAUCAGCAGGGAUCGGUGACGCGGCAGGGGGUGACGGUCACCGUGGACGACCACCGGAGUUGCUGGAUCGAGCUGGACCGGGACGUCCGCUUCCUGGUUCUGUUCCACCAGUACAAACACCCCAGCUACCUGCAGAUGGCUCACCUGGGCUUCUACAUCAGGGAUGGACGAGGGCUGUCCGCUGCAACCCAAGGCCUGCUGGGCCAGUUCCAGCACGCUGACAUGAGAGUCUCAGCGCUGCAGGAUGCUCAGGAGGAAGCUCCCAACGAGGCGGUGUCAGCGCGGGGGGUCCUGAGGUGGGGAGCGGAGCACAUGCCGGUCACCUUGCAGGACAAGACGCUGAAAGACACGGUGCGCAAACGCCACACGGGCAUGUGUUGGGUGGUGCCCAAAGCAGAGGUAGAGAGACUCCUGGGUCAUCCAUACGAGAGCUACGUGGUGGAGCAUGUGUAAUUCUAGCCGAGUCUUCUUCUCCGCCUUCUCUGAUGCUCGUCUCGGGUCACAGAGAAUAUAAUAGCGGUGAAAGAGGAAAUGAAGGAGUAAUGAGGAAGUAUGGUUCAAUAGAUGUAUAAGGACUGAAGCGUGCUGUUGUUCUCCAUCAGGGAGUUUGGAUGCAUGUCUAUGACAGAGACUCCUGUUCGCAUGCAACCACAAAAUGUCUCCAAAUGUGUCACACACCAACUCACUUCAGAUAUUUAUCAGAUUAUAUUACAUCGAGGAUUCAUUAUAAGGCAAAGCCAGAUUCUUGUAAUUAUUAAAACUGUAUCUGUAAGUUGUAUUUUUUAGAGUGUAUAUAAAAUAUUAUUAUAUGUAUAGAUAACCUCAUAACACAAAGAAAGAAACACACAACAGUAUCAGGGUCUUUCCAGGUUUGCCAUGUGCGUUUUAUUUUUCUAUAAUUUCAUUCAUAGUUUAAUUCAUUUGUAUUUGUUACACAAGACAUUAGGCAAUGCUCACAUACUAGUGAUCAAACAAGGACAGUAAGUGUUUCUACUACUCAGCCUUAACUAUUUGUAUCUCUUGUCAAUUUUUCAAGGGAUAUUGUCAAUAGUGGUUUCCAAAAAAGGCCAAACUGGAUGGAAAUUAAAACAGUACGACCACACAUGAGGCUUUUGUUUUCAAUAAAUAAAAAAGACAGUAUCUGAUGCUGAGGAAGGGGAACGGAAGGGAGGGCUUCGGAUAUAUCGAAGAGUAAACAUUAUUCCAGUAUCCAGGAUGAAGACCACACACAAUGUUGAAACACAGCUGUACAGGUUUGAACUGAUGGCUGCUGCUGUUAUCCUCCCAUCAUAACCUGUUUAUUAUUAUAAUCAUGAGGCAGCACUGGAAUGAUCACUGACUAAGGUAAACAUAACACAGCAAAUAACAAACAAACAAAAACAAGGAAUUUCGGUGUGCAUCACUUUUCCGUUUUUAUCAUCAGAACAAAAUUAGCAUAGCAUAUUCGGCGUACACCUUUUCCACAAUACGUCAGUGAAAUGUAAAUAAAUAGAGCAUAACAAUAAGACACGCCAACACCCCAAACAGCGAGAUAACUAUGUUUAGAGUUGCUAAGUGUUGGAUAAAGUGAGAUGGAACUGCUUUUUUAAAUAAAAACGAUCAGGGCGUCUCGUCUGUUUGUGUUGUGUAACAAGCCACAGAUCUAACUGUACGUGAGAUAUGAGGAACUGCCUCCGCUCAGGUGUACAGACGCAGCUGAGAGAACAUCCCUUCUAUAGGAUUCAGUCAGAUCUGCGGAGCAACACACAACAACAAACUGCACUUUGUCAGCAUCCUUUGCCAAUAACAGCAACACCAUUUUUGGCACUAGAGCGACCUGCCACUAACGGUUAGUUAAAAACAAAGCAGUCAUAUUUGAAAAGGGUCUAAAUAUUCUAUUAAGACCCAAAAAUUAAG